CUUCUUUGUCGGCUAUAUAUCUGCAUCUCGCUCUGUUCCUACCUAAAACACUCGUUUCGUUUUCUCGUUUUUAUUUUCUCAUUUUCUUCAAUUUUCUGAUCUUCGCACUUUCGAUCCACGCCUGAUCCGACUCUGCAUCUCCGGAAGACAAUGACGGAGGAGCAGGUGGUGAAUGUGCGCGGCGAAGAAAGCGAUUCCGGCAACGAUCACGGCAGCGUCAAAGCCAAUGGAGUUGCUCACGGUGUCGGUGGCGAUUCGGAUCUCGCCGCCGACAACAACGGUGCCGCGUCGUCGGGGAAAAAUUGUAACGAUGCAGUGUCUAACGGUACGGCAGAGGAAGGCACCGAAACGGCGACAGUUGACGUCGUUUCGCGGGAGGAUGAAUUAAAAAGUGCGGAUAGUCAAAACGGCAUGGGAUCCGUUCAAAACGGCGUCGUGGAUAAUGAUGAUAAGAGUGCUAAUGCUGUUGCAGAGGAGUUGGUUACGGAUCACGAGGAGUACGUUGUUGUCGGUGAUUCGGAUGUUCAGAACGGUGAUGAUGUGACUGCUAACGGAGUUGAGGAGUGUGAAAUGCUGGACGGUGCGGAGGCUUCAGGAGACGAAAACGGUGUCGUUGUGGAGGGAGAAGAAGAUGUGUGUCAAAGUGAUCGCGAGUUCGAAUGUGUUGAUGUUCACGAUGAUGUAACUGCUACUACUGAUGAGAACGGUGGAAAUGGAAAUGACGUUCAGGGAAGAAGUGAGUCUGUCUCUGAUAAAGAUGUCAAUAAAAGAGGGGAAAGUGAGAAUGUUGUUAGUGCAGAUGUUUCAGAUGAGAAGGACAUUGUAACGGAUGGUGAUCAUGAUGUGGAAGAAGUCGUUGAGAAGAAUGAGGUUCCUGUUGUUGUUGAUGGUGGCUCAGCUUCUACAGAUGUGAAGGAGUGUGAACCUGAAGAUGCUCAAAACAGUUUAGAGAAGGGGCAGGUUGAGUCUGUCUCUGGUUUGGCGGAGCCAGUGCUGGAGCCAAGUGAAUGCACUGAGGAGAAUGAGAUUGCUGUUGAAGGUGAACCAGGAAGUAAGCUGGAGAGGUCUGAGGAGGAAGCAGGAAGUGAAAUAGUUCCUGAAGGAGAAAUUUUAACAGCCUUAAGCUGCACAGAUGUGUCUGACAUUGCAGUGGAGAGUGAUGGUGAACCUUCUGUUGAUGUUUGUGUGAUGAAAAGCAAUGCAGUUGAAAGUGAUGUUGAUGUGCAUGAGUUGAAAAAUAGUGCAGUAGAUAGUGAAUCUGAACCUUCAAAUGGUGCAGUUCAGAGUGAAAUUGUGUCUGAGAUGAAAAACAAUACAGAGGAGAGGGAAGCUGAACCUUCAAAUGGUGCAGUUGAUUGUGAAGCUGAACUUCCAAAUGGUGCAGUGGAAAGUGAAGCUGAACCUUCAACUAGUGCUGUCGAGAGUGAAGCUGAGCCUUCAAAUGGUGUAGUUGAGAGGGAAACUAAACCUUCAAGUGGUGCAGUUGAGAGGGAAACUGAACCUUCAAAUGGUGCAGUGGAGAGUGUAGCUGAGCCUUCAAAUGGUGCAAUUGAUAGUGAAGCUGAACCUUCAAACGGUACUGUGGAGAGGGAAGCUGCACCUUCAAAUGGUGCAGUUGAGAGGGAAGCUGCACCUUCAAAUGGUGUAGUUGAGAGGGAAGCUGUACCUUCGAAUGGUGCAGUGGAGAGUGAAGUUGAACCUUCAAAUGGUGCAGUGGAUAGUGAAGCUGAAUCUUCUAAUGUUGCAGUGGAGAGUGAAGCUGAAUCUUCCAAUGUUGCAGUGGAGAGUGAAGCUGAAUCUUCCAAUGGUGCAGUUGAGAGUGUGGCUGAGCCUUCAAAUGAUGCAGUGGAGAGUGGAGCUGAACCUUCACAAGGUGCAGUGGAGAGUGAAGCUGAACCUUCAAAUGGUGCAGUGGAGAGUGAAGCUGAUCCUUCAAAUGGUGUAGCUGAGAGUGAAAAUGAACCUUCUGUGGAUGUGUGUGAGACAAAAAACGAUGCAGUGAAUAGUGAAGCUGAAACUUCAAGCGGUGGACUGCAGAGUGAAAAAGAGGCUUCUGUUGUGUCUGAGAUGAAAAACAAUGCAGUGGAGAGUGAAGCUGAACACUCAAAGGGUGCAGUGGAGUGUGAAGCUCAACCUUUUGUUGAUGUGUCUCAGAAGAAAACUGACACAAUUGAGGGUGAAGCUGAACUUUCAGUGAAAGGUGGGCUUUCUGUUGAAGGUGAAGGUAGCAAUCAAGGAGAUGAAGAUUCAAGACCUGCAUCGGAUGCUUUGGAUGGACAGAAUGUGGGUGCAGAGGUAGUGGAAAAGCCAUUCUACUAUUUGAUCAGGGUUCCCAGAUAUGAUGAUGAUGGAAACAUGAAAGAGAAGAUAAGAAAUGCUCUUCACCAAGUAGAGGAGAAGUCUAAAAUUCGAGAUGCUAUUCGAGCUGAAAGCCAGACUAUAAAGGCCAGUUGUAAGGAUUUCGACCAAGAGUUUAGGGCUGCAAUUGCAGCUCAUAGAGCUGCUCGGGACUUGCUCAAGUCCAAACGCCAGGAAAUGGAUUCAGUUCAAUCCACAAUGAACAGAUUAAACAAUGCAAUUUCUGUUGGGGAUAUAGAUGGCAAGAUAAGAAGCAUGGAACACAUGAUCGAGCAUGAAACUUUACCUCUAAAUAAAGAAAAGCAAUUGAUACGCGAGAUCAAACAAUUGAAGCAGAAUCGUGAGGAGUUGUCUUCUAAUAUGAAAAGGCAAGAUCAAUCACAACAAUCUCUAGAGAACAAGGAUGACAAUAUUGAAGAGCACUUUAAGCAUUUACAGCUUUUGAAGAAGGAAAUGGAAGUGCUUAGAAAUAAUGUUCUGAAGUCAGAUGCAGAAACGAAAGCCGCAAAGAAGAAAUAUAAUGAUGAAUGUGAUAAGCUGAAUGAGUUGCUCGCUCGAUUUAGGGCUGCUGAUGACACUCGUCAAGAGGCAUAUGCUAAGUUACUGGCUUUGAAAAAACAAUUGCAUGAGAAGAGCAAAAAUUUCUGGGAAUACAGAGAUGCUGCAACUAAAGCACAGGAACUAGCAGCAGGAGGGAAAAAAGAGGAGCUGCAAUGCUUCUGUGUUGAUGAGGUUGAGAGAAUCAUGGAGCUAUGGAACAAAAAUGAUGAGUUCAGAAGGGACUAUGUCCGAUGCAACACUAGGAGUACGCUGAGGCGACUGCAAACCCUGGAUGGCCGAUCACUUGGUCCUGAUGAAGAGCCUCUUGUAAUGCCUAAUGCAAUAACUGAAAGGGCUUCCAAAAAUAUUCCCAUGGUCUCGAACACAACUAUGGAACAAGAAAAGAAAUCUCCAAGAGAAUCUGUUAAUGUAAAGGAUGAACCUGAUUCGAAGGUUGUGGCACAAAGAACUGAAACAAGUCAGACAACUAAAGCUAAAAAGCCUACCAAGCCUGCUCCCUUAGAGAAGCAUGUGGCUCGUUGGGGUGAUGAGUCUGAUGAAGAUGAAGAUAAAGAUAAAAAUGAAGAAGAACCUGUGAGAACAAAGGAGGAAGAGGAGCUGAUACUGAAGGCUGAGAAGGCAAGGAAGGAGGAAGAGGAGGCAAAGUUGAAGGAAAAGCGGAGGCUAGAGGAGAUUGAAAAAGCUAAGGAGGCACUGCAGAGAAAAAAGCGUAAUGCAGAGAAGGCCCAACAAAGGGCUGCCUUAAAGGCACAAAAAGAAGCUGAACUGAAAGAGAAGGAAAGGGAGAAGAGAGCAAAGAAGAAGGAAAGAAGAAAGACAUCUUCUGCUGUCACUGCUGAGAAUACAGAACAAGAAUCUGCUCAUACCACAGAAACUCUAACAAGUGUGGAAGAAAGUGACCUGACUGAGAAACCAGCUGAGGUAACAAAAAAGCCACAGAAACCAUCUCAAUUCACAAGGCAGACCAAGGUAAAAUCUGUACCUGCAGCUCUUCGCAACCGGGCUAAGAGAAGAAUUCAACCAUGGAUGUGGGUUCUAAUUGCAGUUGUGGUUGUUGUUGCCUUGUUUUAUGUGGGCAAUAGCAGCUCUUUGAGAUCUUCGCUUGAAGGCUUUGGUUACUGAGGACACUCGGAAGCAAUCACAAGGCGUUUGUCGGGGAAGAGUUACCGUUACAUAUUUAUAUUUUACACAAAUACAUAUAGACGCAAUUCUUUCUUGCCCUUGCAAUUUUUUCCUGCUAGCUUUUGGUCAUAGCCAUUAUUUUCUUCAUAUUGAGAUUUGUUAGUUUGGGAUGUGAUGUGACUGCUGAAUGCUUCUGCACCAAUUAUGAGAAUAAUAAAUUAUUGUGAUUGUGCCUUCUUUAUAUA